UUAACUUCAACUCCCGCCAAUGAAAGAAUCUCAAACGCCUCAGAAGACCUAUGUUCGUUCAUCGGAGAAGCGCAAUAGCAAAUUGAAGCAUUCGCCAAACUUCAAUAAGGCACAACACAAUCCGCAAAACCUUACUCACAUUUUACGCUUUGCUUUCUUCAUAUUCAUUUUUUCAUGUUUAUGUUUGCUUUCAUCUUUGUCCAGAUUACAAACAAAUGCCUGAACGCAUCAUUGACAUCUAUUUCAGAAGCUCGUGUGGCUUCCUCUCCGAUCUCUGAGAUAUCGUAUGCUAAUCACAGCGAAGACGAUAAUAUCUCGUUGUUGGAUGAAGCUUUUCCGGAAACCUUUCUUUCAUAUGAUAUGAUGCCUUCUAAAAAGAUCACUGAGGAAGAAGGAAGUGAUUCCACCAAAUGUUUGGAUGCCUAUGAAUUGGACGGUGUCAUUUUCAGUUCCAUGGAGUCAGAGAUUGUUGCAACUAAUCUCAGAAAUGCAAAACCUAAGUUCUUCAACUCACACGAUUCUGCUCCUCAAUAUAAGAAGCUGGUGGAUGAAAUAACCAAGUAUGUCAUAGAAGAUCUUUACAAGAAUACUGUUGCAGAGGACCUCGAUAGGUCUUAUCAAGUGCUUACUGCAAAAAAUAGAAUAGUGUCUCUAUGUUUCUUCAUCUGGCUUAUCGGAGUAUUGACUAUAUUUUUCUUCACUUCCGAUAUUCAUUGCCCUUACAGUGGUCCAUUGCCAACUUAAACCAUUAAUUACACUAUUGUUGAUAUACAUUUAGACUGCUGAAAUAUAUAUCUGUUACAUGUCUUUGUAAAUAUAUAUCUCAAAAGUGAAAUUCUUGGAUAAUGUGAUGUUCUUGUUAGUUGUUACA